AUGAGGAAAAAGGGAUAUAUAAAAAAUUUUGAAAUGGAAGAAAUUAUAUUUACAUUAUUAAGUUGUUUAGAUGAAGAUAAGAAAUUAAACUACGAAAUAGUAAACACUCUUAAAAUGUACAUUAUGUAUCAUAAGAGUGAAAUCUUAAAUUAUGUGUUUUCAUUUCUCCAAAUUCAAAAGGUAAGUCAUGAGAAUCAAAAACUAUUAUUGUUAUUAACGUACGAUUUUGUUCAUUAUUGUAUAUAUGAUAACUUUAGUGACGUUGUUAAUAAAUAUUUUGAGGAAGAAGAGGAUAGUGAUAAUAUAAAAGUAGAAGAAAAAGAUAUAGAAGGAAGAGAAGAAGGGCAAUAUGUAGACAUAAAGAUAUUUGACAAUAUUUUAAAAUAUACUUUUUUCGAUGGGGACAAGUAUUGUUUUGUAUAUGAUCAUGAAUUGGAAAACAGUUCUAGUGGAAUAAAUGAAAAAGAUGAGAAUAAGUUAUAUGAAUAUAAAUAUGAACAUAAUAAUAAUAAUAAUAAUAAUAAUAAUAACGUGAAUAGUUAUAAUAAUUAUUGUGAUGAUUAUAAUAAAUGUCGUAGUAACAUAAAACAUAGCCAUAGUUACGUUAAAAGGGAUUCUAAUUAUUAUAGCAAAUUACGAAACAAAGAAGAUAUAAAUGAUCAGAGUAUUUUUUGUUAUGAUAAAAUUAUUAAUAUGAAAACAUUAAAAAAAGAAGAAUACAAGCUUUUUUUAAUUGAAAAAAAAAACAUGGCUAUGAAUUAUUUCAAAAAAGACAAGAUUUGUGAAACCAAUUUGGAUUCAUUUGAUAAUAUAGAAGACAGUAUUAUAAAGAAAAAUAAGCGAAAAUCCGAAAUAAAUAAUAUUAUUAAGAAUAUAAUAAAUUUUAUAUUAAAAGAAAUGUUAUAUAUAAAAAAGAAUGACGAGAGGCACAAAAUAAUGACUAAUUUAUUGAUAUUGUGCAUAAUAAAAGAAGAUAAUUAUUUAAAAAAGAAAAUAAUCGAGAAAGUACGUUAUUACAAAGAUGUUAUUAUUAGUAGUAAUAAUAAUAUGAACACAACUACUGAUGGUAAUUAUAGUAAUAAUAAUAAUAAUAAUAAUAAUAAUGGAACCAAAUUGAACACUUAUAUAUAUAUCGAUUUAUAUAAAGAAAUAUUCAUGAAAUCUCCUCACUUAACAAAAAAUGUGCUAGGAGAUAUUUUCAAAAGCAUGCUUACUUUAGACCAUAACAAACAUAUAGAUAUAAUGUUUGAAAUAUUUUUAAAAAUUUUUCAAGACGUUCAAUUCCCAUCUGUAUUAUAUAGCAUCAUAUAUAUGAAUAAGAAAUAUAAAAAAAAGAACUUCAUAAUAACAAAUAGAAAGAAUACUAAUGUAUAUUUUGAAAAUGACGUUAUUCAAUUAUCUCUAGAAAAUACGAGUGAAGAUACUUUUACAACAAAUACUAGAGAGUCUUCUUUAAAUUCUGGCAUGAUAAAUGAUAUGAGCUAUAGUGUUAAUAAUUAUGCUGAUGAAAAGGUUUACCAUAGUGAUGAUAAGAGUGACCACCUUAUAUAUAAGCAUGUACAUGAUGAAAAGAAUAGAUAUAACGAGAUGUAUACAAAAACUAAAGAAAAUGAAAACAUUAUAUAUAAAUCUAAUAUAGUUGACAAAAAAACGUGUGAUAUUAAUUCAGAAAUGGUUAAUGGUAAGGACAAAUUCGAUGUUGAAAAAUAUAUAGGUUCACAUGUAAAAAAUGACGAAAAGAAUAAAGAAAACUUAAAAAAGAAAAUAGAUAAUGUAAAUAAAAAAGAAUAUAUUGAUAAUAAAGAGAGUGAAAAAAGUUUAUCAUUGAACAUAUAUGAAAUGGAGAAAGAAAAAAUAAAUGAUAUACAAAAAAUAACAAAGAAAUAUUUAGAUAUAUAUUUUAAUAUAAGUAUGAGUAUGAAAUAUACAAAUGAAAAUUAUAUAAAAAUACUUUAUAUAAUAUCCAAAUUAUUAUUAUAUAUAAAUAAUGAAGAAUAUGUAAAGAAGACAUUUGAAGUGUAUAUAUAUUAUUUUUUAAUAUUUUUUAAUUCUACAAUAAUAAACAAUUAUAAUAACUAUGCUAUGGAGAUACAUGAUACUUCAUGUAUAUAUAAUAACGAUUCGCAAAUAGAUAUUAAUUAUAUAAAUCUAAAAAAUAUACCUAAUUAUAUUAUUAUAAAUAGUUUUAGAAUAAUUUUACAAAGCUGUCUAAAUAAGGUUCAAUUAAUAGUAGUAUUUACAAAUAAUAUAUUGAAGAUAUCUUAUGCAUUAUUAUAUAUACUAAUAAAUAAAAAUGUAAAUAUAUCAAAUUGUGGUAAUAUUAUUGAGAUUAUAACAUCUAAUGAUUAUAUAUGUACAUUUAUUGAAAUUAUCGAAAUCUUUAAUAUCUUGAUAUCAUGUAUAUAUACAAAUAAUUCAGUAAUUCAAUUUUUAAAAGAGAAAUGUAAAUCAAAUAACAAAGUUGAUAUAAUUGUGUCAUUAAUUAUUUUGAAACAAUAUAUUGUAUUAAUAUCGAAUGAUUUUAGUAGUGAUAAUAUAAUAUAUAAUAUAUCUAACCAGAAUAUGAAAAUAAAUGAAAGGAAUGAUAAGAAAAAGGGUUCAGGGAAAUAUAAGGAAUCUUUUAGAAAAUUAAAUAGUUAUAUUGAUACAUAUCAGAAUAAUACAAACAUGGAACUUAUUAUUCAAAUAGUACAUAGCUUAUUGGAAAAAUAUAAUACGGAUUUGAACAUUAUUUAUAUAUUGUUAGAGAUUAGUUUAUUGCUUUCUUAUCAUAAUUAUUUUAAUUGUUUUUCUUAUAACCCUAAUGCAAUUUUUAGUUUAGUGCAAAAAGAAAGUAGUCCUUUGUUGGUUCUUUAUGAAAAUGUGCACAUAAGAGAGGGUGAAAAGUAUGAAAGAAAUGAAGCAACGGAUAAUGAAGUCGAUUACAAAAAGGGUGAUAUAAUAAUAAAAGAUAAUGUAACAAAUGAACAUGGAAACCACUCCGAUUCAUAUCCUUAUGGUAACUCUUUGAAUAUGGAUAGAAAACCUAAGAAUAUGUAUGAAGAUAUUAUAUACAAAGAGAAGGGGUUUGUUAAGUCAGAUUGUUCAAAUGUAGAAAUCAAGAAAAAUGAUAUGAUAAAUAAUGAUGUUUAUAAAAAAAAUGAAUUUUACGAGGAGAGUAGAAUAAAUAUGAUAUAUAAUGAAGAUGAAAUAAAGACUUGGUUUCUGAUACCACAUAAAUAUGUGAUAAAUAUAAUAUAUUUAUUUUUAAAUAUAUUAUUAACUGAUGAAUCUAAUUUUAAAUUAAAAAAUAAAAAGUAUGGAUAUUUUGUAAAUGAAGAAACAAAAGGAACAAUUUAUGAAGAUAAUAAUAAUGGUUUACAAGAAAUAUUAAAAAAUGGAAAGAAGUAUAAUAAACUUUUAUAUGAUAUACAUUCUCAUUACUUUAUGUAUAUGUGUCCGUCUGUGUCAUAUAUGAAAAAAUUAAUAGUAUUAGCUUUCCAGUGUAAUUUUUCUUUAUACUCUCCAAGGGUAUUAUAUCCCUUAUUAUUUGAAUAUGUAGUACAUAUAAAGAAUAGUUAUAAAAUAAUAUUGUUAUUGUUGAAAUGUUUAAAUAUUAUAUGUAUAUCUUUAUGUAAUUACAUGAGUAAAAAUAAUUUAAAAAUACAUUCAAGACUUCAUUUUAAUUAUUUGGCUUUACCAAAUAUAAAUAAAAUUAUAUCAGUUUUGUUUAUGUAUGGUCUCCAUCCAAAUUUUGCUGUUUCUUUUUUAAGUUUACAACUUUUAUCCAUUUUGAUUUAUUUUACACAGAACAGGAGUGUAUGUUCCAUUCAUAAUACUUUAUAUUACAAAACGGUGCUUCGUGUUUUAUUUCUACACGAUAAAUUGAGGAGGAUGAAAAACGGGACUGAAUCUAAGGAAGGGGUAGCACAAAAUGAAGAAAUGAUGAAUAAUAAGAGAAAGAAUAAGAAGGGUGAACAUACAAAAGGUAUUUUUUUGGAAUCGUUUAAGUAUACUAGGCAAAAACAAAUUAUGGAGGAAAUAAAUAAGGAUAUCAAAAAAAAAAAGAUGAGGAGGAAAACAAUAUUUGGUAAAAAUGAAAAGAUUAGCAAAGCGUGUUAUUACAAACAAAUGAUAUUAUUAAGUUAUAAAAAAAUAACUCAGAGUAUUAGUAAAAAGUUGGUUCAUACUUAUCUGUGUGUUUCUUCAGUAAAUAAACUUGAUAAUUUGAGUAGUAGAAAGAAGAGAAAGAUUAAUAAAUUUAUAAAAAGAUAUUUUCAUGUGGAUAUGGGGCAAAUUAAUGAAUUUCUGAGGAAUCACGAUCCUUUAUGUCACGACCCAUACAAUUGUAAAGAGUUUGAUAAGGUUAAAAUAUAUAAUGAUGAUGAUGAUAAUAAUAAUAAUAAUAAUAAUAAUAAUAAUAAUAAUAAUAAUAAUAAGAAGAAGAAGAAGAAGAAGGAAAAGAAAAAAACUAACAACAAUAAGGUUGAUAAUAAGGAUAAUAAAAAUAAUACUGAUUAUUAUAAUGAUAAUAAUAAUAAUAAUAAUAAAGAUUGUAAUCAUUCUUACAAUUAUGACCAUAGUUGUACCCAUGAAUGUUUGGUGUUCCCCAUGAUUGAAUCACUACCCACUUUUUAUAUCACAGACGUCUUGGAGCUAUUGCAUAAAAUUUUUCUGAAUUAUAUAAGAAAAGAAAAAGAACACAUAUAUAAUUUCCAGACAUAUAUUACAACAUUUUUUUUUACUUUAUUAGAGAUGCUAAAAAAUAUACAAAGUGAUAAAGAUUAUGAAAAGACACUAUAUAAUAUAGGGAUUAUAAAUAUGAUGUGUGUAACUGUUAAAUUUCUUAAGGAAAAGUGUCCUAAUAAGGUCAUUAGUAUUUUUUUUAAGCUUCUUGAAGAGGUCCCAAUUCCCUUAGGAGAAGAGGAAGAUAAAGUUGUGACUUUAUAUAAAAAUUAUUCUUAUAUUUAUCGAACUCACUUUUUUAAUUUGUAUAAAGAUAAAUGUACUACAUUGUAUACAAAAAAUUGUAUGGAAUAUAUAAAAAUGAUGAGAAAUAAUAUAUGGUUAAAUAAAAAAAAAAAUGAUAGUCAAGUGGAUUUUAAUAACUUUAUUAUAUUAUCUAAUAUGUAUAAUAAUAGUGAUACAUUCAAAAAAAAAAACAUACAAAAUGUUUUGAAAUAUUUAAAUGAUUAUCAACAAGUGUAUAAAAAAAAUGUAGUCCAUAUUUUCAAUAUGUAUAUAUCAAAUGUGGUAACCAAUAAGGAAAUAGAAAAUGGUAUGUAUAGGAAAGAGGAAAAUAAAAGAGAGAAUAACACAUAUGAUAAGAUUAAUACUGGUGAUAAAAAUAAUUUUGGUCAACCUAUAUAUAAAUAUGUCGAUAAAUUAACAACCAAGAGAAAUACAUUGGAUGAUAAUUCAUCAAUAAAUUGCUUAGAGUCAAGAUAUGUUACAAAGGAUAAUAAUACGAAGAUUAGAAUAAAGGACAUAGAAAAAAUAGGAAAUAAAUUAGAUACAUCCAAUCAAUUAGUAAUGAAAUCCCUUUUUUUUUUAUUUGAAGAUAAAUUGGGUUCAUAUAUUUUACAAAAUGAUAUGAAUUUUUCUAUAAUAAAAAAUUUUAAACAAGAGAUAGCAUCUUAUUAUAUUCAAUCAUUAUUAUAUGAGAAGAAUUUUUUUCAAGUACUUUUUUUGAUAAGCAAUAUAUAUUAUUCUGAUGUAGCCAACAAGAAAAGUGGAGCCUUUUCAUUGUUUGGAAAAUCAAGCAAUGUAGUUCAUGCCGAAAAUAUAAGAAAUACGUUAAUAUUAAGUAUGGGUUUAUGUAUGAAGAAAAUAAAUUCUCAUAAAUUUAAUCAUUUAUAUAAUAUAAGAGAAGCAUAUGUAAGUAAGGAAAUAUUUCAUAUAUAUUUAGAAAAGAUAUAUUUAAAUAUCGCCAAAGAGAAUGAAAAUUUUGAGAAUAUUUUAUUUGAUAAAAGUGAUUCCGUUGGCAUAAUACCCAGUGAAAUAAUAAAUAAGAUAAUAGGUAACAAGCAAAAAUAUGUGAAAACAAAUUAUAGAGACCAGAUAAAUUUAUAUAUAAAAAUUAAAAAAUUAUUAAUAUCAAGUAUUCAUAUAAGUAAUAAUAAUGCAUCUGACUUGAAGAAAAUAAACGUGGAAGGGCAAAAGUAUGAAGACCCUGUAAAAAGGACAUUAUCAAUUAUGAGGAUUAUUACAAAUAAUAGUAUAAGGAAUGAAGGCAUGGAUAAUAAUAAUAAUAAUAAUAAUGACAAUAAUAAUAAUGACAAUAAUAAUAAUGACAAUAAUAAUAAUAAGCAAUCAAAUUACAGUAAUAGCUAUGAUGGUAUUAAAAAGGGGGUAGGCUAUAAAAAUAAUAGUACAAGUAACACUAAUGAUAACAAAAUAGAUUUGUCAAACAUGCACAAUAAUAAUAAUAUUGUUAUGAGCUCUGAUUACAUUAUAAAUAAUGGUUUUACUUCAAACGGUACAUGUAGUAAUUCACCAAACUGUAACGAUAAACGUAUGAGUAGUCAAAAAGAAGAAAUUGCUCAUAUAUAUAAAUAUAUGUCUAAAGAAAAACUUCAUUUUUUUCUUUUACAAUUAUUAGUAGAUCCAAUAUUGGGUUCACUUUAUCAAGAAAAAGAAAGUGUGUUACAGUCGAGUUUGUUGAAAUCAUUAAGAAUGAUAUCUAAAAGGUUAAAGAGAAUAAAAGGGAUAAGAUUAGAAAAUGAUAAAUAUAAUAAUACGAAAAAGGAUGAUCUAAUAAAAAAUAAUAGAAUAUUAAAUGAUGAGAGCAAAAAUAAUAUGUUUGAAAAAAAUUAUUCGUGUGAAAUCAUAAAUUAUAUUGAUAUAAAUAAUAAACGUUGUAUUCUAAAAGAUAUAUGUGAAGAUUAUUUAAAAGAAAAUUUGAAUAAUGUAAAGAAUUAUUCAUGUUUGUGUAUAUAUAAAUUUAUAAUAAUAUAUUCUUCUUUAUAUUAUUUGUCCAAUAUUGAUAAUUUAAUUUUCCCCAUAUGUAAUACAACAGAUGACAUAUCUAAUGUGUCUUUAGAGAAAUUUGUGCUUUAUUUUAAGUUUUUUUAUAGGGGAAUCAUAAAUAAAAGUGAAUAUUAUUUUAAGGAAGAAAUUAUUAAGAAAUAUAGUGAGGAUGGUCAAUAUAAUAAUGAUGACUAUACGAGUAUAAAUAAUAACACAAAAAAUAGUAAUCACUAUAGUAAUAAUAAUCAUUAUAAUAAAAACAAUAGUAACAAUAAUAACAGCAACAACAAUAAUAAUAAUAAUAAUAAUAAUAAUAAUAAGGGUAAUAUUAAUAAGGUUCAUAAUAAAACCAUAAGGAAAAAUAUUGAUAGGUUACAUCAAUUAAAUUCAAACAUAAAUUUGGAAAAAGAAUUUUAUUAUAUCAAAUUGAUUGUUGAAUUAGAUAAAAAAAUGAACAUAAAACAUCUGAACAAGUCAUCAAAUAAUUUCAUCCUAAAUGAUUAUUUUUCUGAAUUAUUAGUUCAACAUAAUGGCAACUCAAAUAAUAUAGAAGAAACAAAAGGAUAUAAUAAUGUUUAUCAUUAUCACCCUGUAGAUUUAAAUAAGGAAUCGUAUGAAAUUUUGUUACAUUCCUUAAAAACUAUAUAUAAUUCUUUAUUUAUACGCCACCCUUUAAAUUUUCAAUAUAUUUUUAUCAUUGUAGAUGUGCUUAUCGGCUUGUUCUUAAAAAUUGUGUUUAACGAAAAGAAAAGGAUAUAUCAAGAAUUUCAAAAGAAUCGUGAGGGCUGUUGUAAUAAAGAAGAGAGUGGACAUGAGAACAAUUCGAAAGGUAUUACGAAUAUAGUGUCCAAAAGGGGAGAGGAAAAAAGAAAUAAUAAAAGGCCCAAAUAUAAGGUGCAAGAAGAAAAAGAAAAUGUUACUUUGGAUAUGUAUAAAUAUAAAAUUAUAAAGAAUGACCAUGAUAUAUAUAAUGAUGAACACAAAUAUAAUGAUAAUAAUAAUGAUAAUAAUAAUAAUGAUAAUAAUAAUAGUAAUAAUAAUAAUAAUAAAUUGGGUAUAUACAAUGUAACACAUAAUAAUAUUUUAAAAGAUAAUAAAAUGAAAGCAGCAUUCAAAUGUGAUGAUGAUAUUUAUAAUCAUUCGAAUAAGAAGAGUACUAAACAAAAAAAUAAUAGAAACAAAUCAUCAUAUAUAAAAUUAAAAAAAUACAAUAAAUCAGGUUUUAUUAAUAAUAUUAUAUUUGAUAAUUUAAAUAAAUAUGAUAAAAUUUCGAUAUCAUGUUUAAAUUUAAUUAUAUCCAUAAUUGUACGACUUGUAUUGGAUAUAAAUUGUUUUUUCUUCUUGUCCAAAAUAAUUAAAUAUAUACAUGACCUUUGUAUAUCUACUAAUAUAUGUGAAGUGAAAUUCUUAUCAUUCCGUAUAAUACUUCAAAUGGUGGUAAAUUCGCGUUCAAUUAAAAUGAGACGUGUAAAAAGAGUAAGUUCUGAGGAGGAAUAUUGUGACAAGGAUUCAUUUUAUUCAAAUAUAAAAGAGAGGGAGUGGAAAAAAGAAGAAACAAAAGAAAUAAAAUUAAUAAAAGAAAUAAAAAAAGGACCAUAUAAAGAAGAUAUAUCAAAUGAAGCACAAAAUAAUAAUACCAGUUUAUUAUCAUAUAAUUCAUCCAAUUUUGAGAGAUAUUUUAGUUUGCUUUUUUCACCAAAUUCUACUGUAUCUUAUGGUACUCUUUUUGAUAUAAAGAAUGAGCAAAAAGGAAAAUUGGAAAAUAAGUCAAAUUGUAAUAUUGAAACAAAUCAUAUGGAUAAGGGAAAGGAUCUCUAUGAUAAUUAUGUGUCUGAUAUGACUAAAGAAAAUAGGACCCUAGGACUUGAGGAGAAUGAAAAGGGUACACCAAAAUAUAAUAAUAAUAAUAAUAAUAAUAAUAAUGAUAAUAGUAAGGGUAGUGAUAGUAGUAAUGGUCGUAAUAGUCGUGAUAGUCGUAAUAGUCUUAAUAGUCGUAAUAGUCUUAAUAGUCGUAAUAGUCGUAAUAGUCGUGAUAGUCGUGAUAGUCGUAAUAGUCGUAAUAAUAGUUGUAGUGUUGUUGAGGGAUAUAAUAAAAAGGGUGAUGUAAAUAUAAAGGGACUACAAAUAAAGGAAGAAAACCAUUAUCUAUGUGAGUGUAUUGGUUUAUUAAUACCUUACAUGAAAGAUAAGCAAAAAAUAAUUAGUUUCUUCAGUAUAUGUUGUAUUAUGACAUUAUUAGGAAAAUUAAACAACGUGUGUAUUAUAAAUAAGACACAUUUUAUAUAUUUUUUUUUAAAUAAUUCUUUGCAUGAUAUUCUAAAUAUAUUUAAUGAGUUAAGGGAUAUGUGCUUACCAGUAAAAGGGAUUAUACAAAAAAAUAAUAACAAGAUAAAAAAUAAGAAUUGUACGAAUAUUGAUACUACUAUUGAUAAGAUAUCGAAGAAGAAGACACCAGAUAACUUACAACAUUGGGAAGAUACAAAAUGUGGUUCUACAGAGGAUACAUAUGGCAAAAAAAAAAAAAAAAAAAAAAAUGAAAAAGAAUAUAGAAAUGAUAAUAUGUAUAAAAAGGAUAAUAUAUGUAAUGGUGAAGAAAAAAUAAAUUACUUUAAUGAAAAAGGUAAGAGCAACAAAAAGAGCAAUAAUAAGAACAAUAAUAAGAACAAUAAUGAGAACAAUAAUAAGAACAAUAAUAAGAACAAUAAUAAGAACAAUAACAGGAAGAGUGAAGAUGGUAAUAAUAAUUAUAUUGCAUGUGAUAAGAUUAAAAAAGGAGGUAGACGAAAAAAUGAAUGUAUUUAUCAUUUUUCCUAUCGAAAUGUAAGAAAAAAUUUAUAUAAUAUAGAAUUUGAAAAGAAGUUUUAUCGAAAAUUAAAUAGAAGUAUAUACGAGAUAAAUAGUAACAAAUAUCAUGAGAAGUUUAUAAAAAAGUUAGGUAUGUUUAAAUAUAAAAAAAGUAAUAAUAACAAAGGAGAGACGAAUUUAUACAAAUUGGUUAAUGAUAUAAUUAUUGAAGAUUUUUCACCUGAUGAAAAACAUUCAUACGUAAAUACUUUAUUAUGUUGUAUACAUAAUAAGAAUAAACAUAUAUCUAUGAAUGGGUUAUAUCUCCUUAUGUAUUACAUAUUAAAGGAACAGUUUGAUAUUGAAAGUAUAAAACUUCUAAUGAAUAGAGUUUUUGAUGAAUUGUUUUAUUAUACCAAAAGGAAUAUAUUAAAUGAGAAAUGUUUAAAAAGGAGACAAAAGAGUGAAGAAGAAGAAAAAACAAACAAAAAAAAUAAAAUAAAUAAUAAUAAUAAUAAUAAUAAUAAUAAUAAUAAUAAUGUAGUAGAGGCAUAUAAUAAUGAUCAACUAAAACAAAACAAAUUAAAUAAUACUAUAGGGGAAUAUUAUAAUAUUAUGCAUAAUAAUAUGAAGAAAAUUGGUCGAGGGGAAAACGAAAUAAAUACAAAUAUAAGACAAAAAGUAAAAUAUAUGGAUAUAAAAAAAAAACAAAGAAAGAAAAAGAAUAUUUUGGAUAUUUCUCUAAAUAUGAUAUUUUUAUUAUGUCGAAAUAACUUUUAUGUAAUGUUAAAUAAAAUAUGCAUGUUACAAUCUAAAUAUAAUUAUGAACAUGUUUAUUUUAUUUAUAUGAUAUGUAACAAUAAACAAAUGUUAAUUAAAACACUAGAUUAUUUAUUCUAUAUAUUGAAUAAUCAUCACAAUAUAAAAUUGAAUAAUAAUUUGAGUAAUAUAUUAUCUCUAUUAUUUCAUUUUCUAAAGUUUAGAAAUAUACAUGUAAGGAACUAUGGCCAGGAGCAUUUUAUCGAAUUAUAUUUAAUUGUUUAUUAUGUAUUAGGAGUAAGGCAACUAUCACAUUUAUACAACAAUACAAACAAUAGUAUGGGUACUAAUAUGAAUAAAAAAAAGUAUCUAUUUCAUAAUUUUGAUAAGGUACAUUUAUUGAAAUAUAAAAAGGAAAAGAAUAAAGUUGUAAUUACAGGAGAAAAAGAGGGUGGUGAGGAAUUAGUUAUGGAAGAAAAUAUUAUGGAUAUAAAUAAAAGUAAAGAUAUCAGUAAAAAUAUGGAGAUCGUUCAAAAUACUAAAUCUGAUAAUAAAUAUGAUAAAAUAAGAAAUGAUAUGGAUGAAAUAUAUAUGGCUAUAGACAAAGACAUGGAUAACAUAGGUAUAAUAAAUUGUAUGCGUUAUUAUAAUUUGUAUAAAAAUUAUAAUAACCUAUCGAAUGAAUGUAAUAAUAGGGAAUAUAACUUGAAUGAAUUAUAUAUGGAGGAAAUAAAAAGAAAUAUAAAAGGAUAUGACAAUAAUUUUAAUAUUAACCAUUAUGAUGAUAACAACCACAACAACAACAAUAAUAAUAAUAAUGGUGGGUGUUUUUUUUUUCAUGUAGACAAGGAUUUAUUUUUUUCUACCAAAAAAAACAUAUUUCCAUGUAAAAAUAUAGAAACCGUAUGUAAGAAUGAAUAUAACAAAAAGAUAUAUAAUAAUUACACGUGCAAUAUAAGCGUGAAUAAUACCUUAAAUUGCUUAAAUAUAAUAAAGGAAUUAAUAAAACUGAAUAAUAAAAAGAAAAUAUUGAAUUACUAUGAAUAUCAUAAAGUCGAAAAAUUGUUAUAUUAUAGGCAUUCGUUUGAAAAUGGUUUAAUAAAAUUAAUAUAUGUAUUUUUAAAAGAAACUGAUUGUAUACAAGUAUUUAAAAUUUUGAAUAUUUUUCUAAUAAUUGAUAAUAUAAAUUAUAUCAUAAUUUCGCUUAUUAUUUUAUCUCAAAUAUUAUUAUGUAUAAAAAUUAAUGAAGAGAGUAUAAAAAUAAUACAACCACUUAUUCAAGUAUUAUAUUGUAUAAAUAAAAGAAAAUACAAUAAUAUGUUAAUUACCAAAUAUUUGCAUAUAUCUUUUAGAAAUUAUUUUCUUAUUUUUAAAUAUAUUUAUAUAUAUUCGUCAUAUAAAACAACAGAAUUGUUUUCUUUGUUUAUGAAGGAGGAGCAAAUGUUGAACAUAUUAAAUUCUUUGUUUAAAAAUUUAGAUAGUACUGACAAUAGUUAUACAAUAAAGGAAACUUUAAAGUGUUUAAAAGAGUUGUGUAAAUAUGAUGGUAAUCGUUGGCCUUCGUCUUCAAUGUAUUUAUCCUUUCAGAAAAUAUUAUGUGAUAACAAAAUAAUUCAAAUAUAUUUAAAUAGCGAUGAAGUUAUGAAUAGAGUAUAUAUCUGCAAGAUAAUGUGUGAAUUGUACCGAACGCUUAGGAGGGAAAAAGAUAAAACAAAAGAUAUGGACGUAUUAUUAAAUGAUGAUAUAAUAAUUGAUGGUAAAGGUAACAAAUGUGGUGAUAUAAUAAACAGUGAUAUAUUAAAAAUUCAGGAGGGAAAUAAGAAAAAAGAAAGAAGAAAAACCCAAAAAGAAAAAAAAAUGAGAGGAAAAAAUAGGAAAAUAAAAAAGAGUUUCUACGAAACGAUUACUUAUUUAUUUAUUCAUUUAAUGGAUAAAAACAGAAGAGUAUCUAAACAUGUAUGGUUAGCUUUAAAGGAAUUAAUCAAAUAUAAAUUUUUUGAGGAUAAUGUGAAUGAUAUUUUAACAUAUUUUGACGAUAAAAUUUUUGAUAUAAAAAAAACAAAUAUCACGAUUCAAAAGGAGCAACAUUCUAUUUUUGUUAAAAAGGAAUAUUUUGGAAAUAUGGAAACAAAAGAUCAAAUGACAACAAUAAUGGAAAAAAAAAAAAAAAAAAAAAAUUCAGAAAUUAAAUAUAAUAGUAUGUUUAAUAAAAGAGAAGAAUAUAAUAUAAAGAAAAAACGAACAUUUGAUUAUGAAAAUAUACAAAUAAUGAUAACAACAGAUGAAAGUGAUAACAAGGAAUCUGAGUGUAGUUCUAGGAAGGAUGUGAAAAGGCAAAAAAUUAAUAUAUAUUAUUAUAAGUUAUUCAUUGAGAUGUUUAUACCUUUAUUAAUUUGUGUAGACACAAAAGAAUGUUACCACAAUAUUAAUAAUAAUUGUAAUGAUUUAAAAUUGUUGUUUGCCGAGUUGACAAAAUAUUUGUAUAAUAAUGACAUGGACUUUAAAGAAAGAAACCGAUUAAAAUAUGAGUCUGUAAAAAAUGACGAAUUAUAUAACAUUUUCUUUAAAUACCUAAAGCUAGAUUUAAAAAAUAUAAAUAAUUUAUAUAGGGCAUACAUAAUAUUGUUACAUAGUAGGAUUUAUUUUGACAAAAAAUUAUGGAAUGUUAAAAAUGUACAAGUGCGUGAAGAGGUCAUAAAAAUGAUAAAUGAAUAUGAGUUGAAAAAUACGAAAUCUCGAGCAGAGCAUGUUCUAUUUGGAGAUUUAAAAAGGAAGGAUAUAUCAUGUGAGGAGAUAACAAAUUUAAAUAAGGAUACUAUAAGAAAGGGUAAUAUAAAAAGGAACAAUAUAAAUAAGAGUAAUGUAAAAAGGAGUAAUACAGAUAGGAGUAAUGUAAUACGUGAUUUUCAUAUUACAUCUAAUAAUAAUAUUACAAGAAGUUUUACGGCUACAUUAACCGAUUCUAUAUUCAAUACCUUAUCUGAAACAUUGAAUUAUUCAUAUGAUAAUUUUUUCUCAAAUAUGGAUAAUAUAAAAAUCAAGAAAAAGGAGAAUAAUAAUAUAGCAGAUGUUGAUUAUGGAAAUAAAAAGGAAUACCAUGAGAAUUAUUUGAAGGUUAAACAAAAUAAGGUUAAUGAGGAAUAUAUGGAAGAAACGUUUAAAAGUGAUAAGGACUGUUCAAUAAAAGAAGAGGCAUGUACAAUAAGAACACUGAGCGAGUCUUGUAAUAUAUCUGAAAAUAUUUCUAAUAUUGAUAUGGAUGAUGAAGACCAUAUAUCUUUUACUAAUGGAAGGAAUGUACAUGAUAAUAAUUAUAUGAAGAAAAAUCAUGUGAACUAUGAUAAAAUGCGUGUAGGAAAAAAUAAAAUUCCUAGUUCUACUCAUUUUGAUAAAGUUUUGGAUGAAAAAAAAAAGAGUGAUAAGGAUAUGUCUUCAUCAAAAUGGUUAGAGAGGGAAGAGCAUAUAAAGGAAUAUAAAUUAGAAAAGAAUGAAUAUAUGAAUGGUAAUAUUGGCGACAAUACAAAUGGUAACAUUGGCGACAAUACAAAUGGUAACAUUGGCGAUAAUACAAAUGGUAACAUUGGCGACAAUACAAAUGGUAACAUUGGCGACAAUACAAAUGAUAAUAUUGACGAUCCUAUUAUUGACAAUACGAAUGAAUAUGAUGAAGAUAUAUAUUAUAGAAAGAGUAUAUAUAAUGUACGUGGUGAGAACUCUUAUGAUAUGUUAUAUCAUCCUUUUGUAUCUUCUAUACAAAUUAAUAAUGAAAAUUAUAACAUAUUCAUUUCAAGCAGUGAAGAGGAGGAAGAAGAUGAAGAUAACAUAUAUGAAAAUGAAGAUGAAAAUAAAAGGAAAAACGUCAUUCUAACGGAUAAAUUUACUGAUGAUAAGAAUAGAGAGGAUAUAACAAAGAAUUAUUCAGAUAGACAAUUUAUUAAAAGGAAAUUGAAAAAAAUUCAAUUAUUGAAUAAGAGAUAUAAUUUUGUUGAUCAUUUUAGAAAUGUACAAACUUUUAAAACAAAAGAAAAUUUAUUAUACUGGAUAGAGAUGUUAAAAUUUUUGAGGGAAAAUCCACAAGAGAUUAAUGAUUUAUUUUCAACAAGAGAAAUUAAAAAGGUCAAUGUAGCAGAUUUUUUUGAAGCAUCUUUAAUGUGUGCUUUAACAGUAAUAAAGUUUGUAUCCUUAACAAUUAAUUCUAAAAAAUUAUAUAAGCAUACAUUAAAAUGUGGUAUUAAUAAAGUAGACAAUGAAAUAAUAAAUGAAGAGAAUAUAACAAAGGUGAAGGAACAUAAAAUAGAAGAAAUGUAUUUUAUACAUACAUUAAUUAUAUCAACAAAAUUAGAAGCAUUGUGUUCUUCUAUUAGUAAACAAUUAUGUACAUAUCUAGAAAAUGAAAAAACGGAAUUGCACAUCCCUAUCAUAAAAUCGUUAUCUAUAUUGUCUAUACUGAAACCGUCCACCUGA